AUGAAUAUCUUCGGCAUUGGAGCUGUCAGUGUGAAGCAGAGAUAUGAUGUAUCUGCGUUUGUCGUAAACACAACUUUCGCCCAGGAAUGCGGGCGGACGAGCUUCUCCGCGACACCCAACUACGCCAUGCAGUUCAUUGUGGGAGGUCAGGAUGCCAGCCCAGGGGAUUUCCCGUGGCAGGUGGGACUCAUUGAGAACGGAUACCUGAUAUGUGGCGGUACUUAUGUGAUCGGAACUGGAGGCGUGGUCAAGGUCAUCACAGCUGCCCACUGUCUUUCAAGCAAGAACCCCAAUCCCAACAACUACCAGGUCGUGUUCGGCAUGCACCAAACCAACGUUGUCGGCACCCGGCUUAUUGUGAGAGCAGUCACCAUCAAAGUUCACACGUCAUACAACUCUAACACCAUGGCCAACGAUAUUGCCAUUAUCGCUUUCGGCACCCUGAUGCCGUCCCAGCUUCCCAUCAACACGUUCCCAGCCUGCCGACCAACACGCACAUAUAUUCACAACGAGGAUGCAGUGGUGUCCGGAUGGGGUACCACAUCGGAAGGCGGUUCCUCCUCUUCCGUUUUGAAGUACGUCUGGAAGCCUCUACUGUCUCUGGCAGCAUGCGAACUGACCGGAAAUAAAGGCUCCCUGGACGCCACCAUGUUGUGCGCCGGGGCAACUGGCAAAGACGCCUGCCAGGCCCCUUACAAUUACAAUCCUAAAUCUUGA